UCAUUUGGUCCCUAGACCAUAGCCUGCAAUCCUUGACAUUAUCAUAAAUUCUGUCCAUGGAAUUUAGUUCACCCACUUAUAUAUUUCACAAAUGAGUGGAAAUGUCCAAAGUUGACCAUUCACAAACUCAAUAACUGAAAUGACACAACUCCUUGAAUACAAAUUUCGGUACUAAAAUAUGUUCAUCUCAUCAUGUUACCCAUCUUGAUUAUUAUGCAAUUAUUUUUGCUUGAUACUUCUAUUGCUACAUCUCCAAUAUUAAACUACAACAUAUCCAGAUGCUACAACUCAUCAUUGUCAUCAACUUAUCCUCUUGGUAGCUCAUACGAAACCAAUCUCAACCACCUAUUCUCCACUUUAGACUCCCAAAUUUCAACAGCCAAACAUGGUUUCACUACACACAAGCAAGAAUCACAAAAUCAUGACUCUGCUUUCGGCCUUGCCAUGUGCCAAGGCGACCUUGAUUCGGUCGAUUGCCGCGAUUGUGUACAGAUGGCUAGCAGGCAGUUGCCACUUUUGUGUCCAAGGGCAAUACAAGCUAUUUUGUGGAAGGAACAGUGCAUGCUUCGUUACUCAAAUGAGUCCUUUUUUUCAGUCUUCCAAGAAAAUCCACACGAAGAGGUGUACAACAUAAACAACAUUACGACGAACAUAAGCAGUUGGUUUAAGUGUCUCAAUGAUACGUUAAAUGAGGUAAUAUUGAUGGCAGCUUCGAACAAUUCCGGUUACAUGUAUGCUACUAAAGAGGCAUGGUAUUCACCCAUGAACAGGAAUUUGUUCACUUUGGUUCAAUGCACUCCCGAUUUGAGCAAGGAAAAUUGCACCAAGUGCUUCAGUGUUGCCAAAUCUAGGAUUUAUAAUAUGUCUUCGAGAGGAGGAGCUGUGUUAAUGCCUAGUUGUACUCUUAGGUACGAGAUUUAUCCCUUUUAUGAUACUAGUACCUUGCAAGACUUGGCUCCUCCUCCAAAUAUAGCAAUCUUUGCGUAUAGAGGAAAGAAGCAGAAAUCCGCAACGAUAUUGGUCGUUGCAAUCAUUGUGCCGUUAGCUAUCUUGGGAAUGUUAAUUCUCUCAGGCAUUUAUCUCCUCAAAAAAAAGGCAAGGAAAUACCCUUCACGAGACUUUCAAAAUGUGUUUCAUGAUUUGGCAACUGCGGAGUCCUUAAUGUUCGAACUGGGGGUUCUUGAAGCAGCCACUAAUAACUUUUCGGAUGACCUAAAGCUCGGUCAAGGCGGAUUUGGCAGUGUUUAUAAGGGAACUCUGCGAAAUGGACAAGAAGUAGCAGUUAAAAGGUUAUCAAAGAUCUCUAGACAAGGAGUGGAGGAAUUUAAGAAUGAGGUUGUGUUGAUAGCCAAUCUCCAACACAGAAAUCUGGUUAAAUUGUUGGGUUUCUGCUUAGCCGGGGAGGAGAUGUUACUGGUGUAUGAAUUCGUACCCAACAAAAGUCUCAACUACUUCUUAUUCAAUGCAGGAAAACAAGGAGAAUUAAAUUGGCCUAUGCGCUACAAUAUUGUAAAAGGCAUUGCAAGGGGACUACUCUAUCUUCAUGAAGACUCUCGCCCAAGAAUCAUCCAUCGUGAUCUCAAAUCAGGCAAUAUUUUGUUAGAUACAAAUAUGAACCCAAAAAUUUCAGAUUUUGGUUUGGCGAGGAUCUUUAAAGUUGAACAAACAGAGGCUGACACUAGCAGAAUUGUCGGAACGUAUGGUUACAUGGCUCCUGAAUAUGCAAUGCAAGGAAAAUUUUCUGUAAAAUCAGAUGUAUAUAGUUUUGGUGUGUUACUUUUGGAGAUUGUGAGCGGCAAGAAGAUUAGUGCAAGAUUCAACCCAUCUGGAGGUGGAGACCUCUUGACCCAUGCGUGGAAAAGUUUGACAGAAGAAAAGCCUUUGGAGUUUAUGGACUCAACAUUAACAGAUUCAUAUUCAAGCAUUGAAGUCUUGAGAUGCAUUCAAAUAGGCUUAUGGUGUGCGCAAGAGAACACGAAUGAGAGACCAACCAUGUCAACAGUUGUUUUGAUGCUCAACGACGACUCCACUACUAACACAACGCCAGCCCCUGAAUGCCCUCGAUCCUUCUAUAAUACUAGUAUGCAAUCAUCUUUUGUGUCAAGGUUCGGUCAGCUUUCGACAACAACAACAACGAGCACUACAGACUCAAUGUGUACUGAUGCUUAGAAAAUCAAGAUACAAUCAAUGAAAUGUAUCUCUAGCUUGUUUUAACAUUUUGUUAUUUUCUUUUUGUGGAGUUGUGCAUGGUAGCUUGUUAAGCUUGAUUAUUGAUGAUGAAUAUAAACAAUCUAGUUUAUAAGCUAGUUUAUAAGCUAGUUAUGUAGUAAGAUAGGUUUGUCGUGGAAGUUAUUAGUAAUUUCAUGAAUUACUACCUCUGCUUGCAAAUAAUAUAUAUGUAAGAAUUAUACUAUUAAGUUGUAACACUAAAAGUUAUAUAAAGACUAAAGAUAGCGGUUGCACUUUUUACUUUUGAA